CCUUGGCAUUCCCGGGCGGGCCGGACCGGCGGGCGGGCGGGGACUCGGCGCGGGCGCCCUCCCGGCCAGCGGCGGCAGCCCCUCCUCCCCGGCGCCCUCAGGACCCCCCAGAGACCCCCGGCGGCGGCAGCCUGCCUUGCUCUGCCAGGAACCAUGAGUGAGGCCCGCAGGGACAGCACGAGCAGCCUGCAGCGCAAGAAGCCACCCUGGCUAAAGCUGGACAUUCCCUCUGCGGUGCCCCUGACGGCAGAAGAGCCCAGCUUCCUGCAGGUAGGCCCUGGCCUGCAGGGACUGUGGGUGCCCCCUGUCCAGUACCCUCACCGUGACCCUGUUGCCCAGCCCCUGAGGCGACAGGCUUUCCUGAGGAGUGUGAGUAUGCCAGCCGAGACAGCCCACAUCUCUUCGCCCCACCAUGAGUUCCGGCGGCCGGUGCUGCAACGCCAGACGUCCAUCACACAGACCAUCCGCAGCAGCCGACAAGUACGCUUCGGGCGUGUCCACACUCUGCCCCUCUUGGGUCCCCGGGCUGCCCGCAGGGCCUUCCCACAGCGCCAGUCUCUCUCUUGGUCCCUGCUCAGGGGGACCGCCGACUGGUUUGGAGUGAGUAAGGACAGUGACAGCACCCAGAAAUGGCAGCGCAAGAGCAUCCGUCACUGCAGCCAGCGCUACGGGAAGCUGAAGCCCCAGGUCCUCCGGGAGCUGGACCUGCCCAGCCAGGACAACGUGUCGCUGACCAGCACCGAGACGCCACCCCCACUCUACGUGGGGCCAUGCCAGCUGGGCAUGCAGAAGAUCAUAGACCCCCUGGCCCGUGGCCGUGCCUUCCGCGUGGCAGAUGACACUGCGGAAGGCCUGAGCGCCCCACACACUCCCGUCACGCCGGGUGCUGCCUCCCUCUGCUCCUUCUCCAGCUCCCGCUCAGGUUUCCACCGGCUCCCGCGGCGACGCAAGCGAGAGUCGGUGGCCAAGAUGAGCUUCCGGGCGGCCGCGGCACUGAUGAAAGGCCGCUCCGUCAGGGAUGGCACCUUUCGCCGGGCACAGCGUCGAAGCUUCACUCCAGCUAGCUUUCUGGAGGAGGACACAACUGAUUUCCCCGAUGAGCUGGACACAUCCUUCUUUGCCCGGGAAGGUAUCCUCCAUGAAGAGCUGUCCACAUACCCAGAUGAAGUUUUCGAGUCCCCAUCGGAGGCAGCGCUAAAGGACUGGGAGAAGGCACCGGAGCAGGCGGACCUCACCGGCGGGGCCCUGGACCGUAGCGAGCUUGAGCGCAGCCACCUGAUGCUGCCCUUGGAGCGAGGCUGGCGGAAGCAGAAGGAGGGCGCCGCAGCCCCGCAGCCCAAGGUGCGGCUCCGACAGGAGGUGGUGAGCACCGCGGGGCCGCGACGGGGCCAGCGUAUCGCGGUGCCGGUGCGCAAGCUCUUCGCCCGGGAGAAGCGGCCGUAUGGGCUGGGCAUGGUGGGACGGCUCACCAACCGCACCUACCGCAAGCGCAUCGACAGCUUCGUCAAGCGCCAGAUCGAGGACAUGGACGACCACAGGCCCUUCUUCACCUACUGGCUUACCUUCGUGCACUCGCUCGUCACCAUUCUAGCCGUGUGCAUCUAUGGCAUCGCGCCCGUGGGCUUCUCGCAGCAUGAAACGGUGGACUCGGUGCUGCGGAACCGCGGGGUCUACGAGAACGUCAAGUACGUGCAGCAGGAGAACUUCUGGAUCGGGCCCAGCUCGGAGGCCCUCAUCCACCUGGGCGCCAAGUUUUCGCCCUGCAUGCGCCAGGACCCGCAGGUGCACAGCUUCAUCCGCUCAGCGCGCGAGCGCGAGAAGCACUCCGCCUGCUGCGUGCGCAACGACAGGUCGGGCUGCGUGCAGACCUCGGAGGAGGAGUGCUCGUCCACGCUGGCAGUGUGGGUGAAGUGGCCCAUCCAUCCCAGCGCCCCAGAGCUUGCGGGCCACAAGAGACAGUUUGGCUCUGUCUGCCACCAGGAUCCCAGGGUGUGUGAUGAGCCCUCCUCCGAAGACCCUCAUGAGUGGCCAGAAGACAUCACCAAGUGGCCGAUCUGCACCAAAAACAGCGCCGGGAACCACACCAACCAUCCCCACAUGGACUGUGUCAUCACAGGACGGCCCUGCUGCAUUGGCACCAAGGGCAGGUGUGAGAUCACCUCCCGGGAGUACUGUGACUUCAUGAGGGGCUACUUCCAUGAGGAGGCCACGCUCUGCUCUCAGGUGCACUGCAUGGAUGAUGUGUGUGGGCUCCUGCCUUUCCUCAACCCCGAGGUGCCUGACCAGUUCUACCGCCUGUGGCUAUCCCUCUUCCUGCACGCCGGGAUCUUGCACUGCCUGGUGUCCAUCUGCUUCCAGAUGACUGUCCUGCGGGACCUGGAGAAGCUGGCAGGCUGGCACCGCAUAGCCAUCAUCUACCUGCUGAGUGGUGUCACCGGCAACCUGGCCAGUGCCAUCUUCCUGCCAUACCGAGCAGAGGUGGGUCCUGCUGGCUCCCAGUUUGGCAUCCUGGCCUGCCUCUUCGUGGAGCUCUUCCAGAGCUGGCAGAUCCUGGCGCGGCCCUGGCGUGCCUUCUUCAAGCUGCUGGCUGUGGUGCUCUUCCUCUUCACCUUUGGGCUGCUGCCGUGGAUUGACAACUUUGCCCACAUCUCGGGGUUCAUCAGUGGCCUCUUCCUCUCCUUCGCCUUCUUGCCCUACAUCAGCUUUGGCAAGUUCGACCUGUACCGGAAACGCUGCCAGAUCAUCAUCUUUCAGGUGGUCUUCCUGGGCCUCCUGGCUGGCCUGGUGGUCCUCUUCUACGUCUAUCCUGUCCGCUGUGAGUGGUGUGAGUUCCUCACCUGCAUCCCCUUCACUGACAAGUUCUGUGAGAAGUACGAACUGGACGCUCAGCUCCACUGAGCUGGCUGCGGGCUCCAGCGGCCGCAUGCUCCAGCAGGCCAGAGCCAGACACGACAGCCCUGAGCCUCACAGGCUCACAGGAGUCACCUGCUCCAUGUGAGGACUGGCCUGUUUCCGGAACACAGACCUCUUUCUUGUGCCUUGUUCACUUCUGUUGAACCCCUCAUACUGCCGGGCAUUUAUUAUACUACUUCCUGUCAUAACCUUCUAGCUUGUUUCUUGACGACCACCUCAUGUGGCCAAUAAAUGGACUGGGAGCGUUUUAGCUGCCAUUAACUUGA